AUGUAUGAACCAACACAAGAGAGUCAUUCACUCAUUAGAGACUCGUCGUAUGGUGAAGACCCGGCCGGAAAUGUUGCCGAAGAACCUUUAGAGACGCAUUUAUACGACCGAACAAUAGAAAAUAGAUCACACAGCUUCGAAAUUGAAGACGAUCACGAUUCCUCGCUUGACCCUUAUGUCGACUCGCCAAUCUAUCAGGGCUCUUUUCUUGGGUCAACUUCUCCCGCUUCCGAUCCAAAUAUUUUUCCUCCGCCACUACCUUCAAUGCCUUCUUUUCAUGGCGGAUUUUUUUCCCGGAUCCUAGCCCGGAUCUCACAAGGAAUGGAUGGUCCCGCCAAACUGCAAGAACCACAUGUUACCCCCGUGUUCCGAAAAUUUCAAUAUUUCCCAAAUGAACUAGAAACCCGGUGGCCUGGUCCUAUUAAGAAGGCAGCUGUGGCCACAUUUUUGGGUCUCUGGACUUUGCUUUUUUACAUGAUUGCACAGCACUCUGUAUUGGAGAUCCCCCGAGUGGACGGUUCCUCUGUCGACAUUUUGACAUGCGGGACGACAUACGACAUUUGGCUCGGUAAGAACGAGCGAUGUGGGCUUAAUGCAACGCGAUGUAAUGCCAUGGAGCCCGGAAUCAAAGACAUGGUGUUCAAGUGCCCUGCAGGUUGUAGCGAAGAUAGUCAUACAUGGAGUUAUACACCGGUCGGUGACUACGAAUCUAUCUAUCGACCUUAUGUCAUUGGCGGCGGCAAUAACCUAUACCGACCUGAUUCUUAUGUUUGCGCAUCAUUGAUUCACCAUGGAUAUAUGUCUAAUAGUGUUGGGCGGUGUGGUAGAAUCACAUUCCAAGGACCUCAAGACACAUUUGAGGGUUCAAAGGGAAAGUCCGGGAUUGAGAGUUUGACGUUUUCUUCAUGGUUCCCUCAGUCGUUUAGUGUCGACGAUAGCUUUGCGCAAAACUAUUCAUCUUCCGGGUGCCGCGAUCUUCGAUUUCUGAUUAUUUGGAUGAAUAUUUCGUUAUCAGUUGUGUUUGCAUACUUUACGACAAAUGGACUAAUUUUCUUUUGGGUGAUGAUGGUUCUUGGAUUUUGGACCGUGGCACUUGGCUCUAAUCCACCAUGGACAUAUGAUUCCGUAAUGACUUCUGAGGAGGCUAUUUCUGAGCUUGUAUCUGCAAGUUUUAGAAGAUUUUUGCCAUUCAUGUUAGGUGCAUAUGUUGUGUGGCGCGCUAGUGGUCGGGGAUUAUUAUUAGGGCUUAAGGAACAUUUAUCAAAGGCUAUUUUUUGGGUCACCGGAUUUUGGGUUGCAGUAUUGGAAAACUAUACUUUCAAUAACCUACCAAUUAAUCGGUUAAUCAUUUCAGAUAUUAAGCAACAAAAGGGAGGGUUUCUAGCUCUCAUUAUUAUUGUUGGUAUUAUUCUUUCAGCAGCUAUAGGUCAGGCGUAUAUUAUCUGGCGUUUGGGCAAGUUUAAAAAGUAUAUCUCGAUAUACUUGCUCAUGAUUUUGGGACUGGUAGUUUUGGCAACAAUUCCGAAUCAGACAUUAAGACUUCACCAUUAUAUUCUGGGACUAGUACUACUUCCUGGAGUCGGUUUCAAAACUACACCAGGGCUUUUGUAUCAGGGCUUACUUUCUGGGUUGUAUGUUAGUGGAAUUGCACGAUGGGACUUUGACAGUAUUGUGCAAACCGUUCUUCAACUGAACCGUGGCGAUGCGUUAAAUAUUGGUGGGCUUCCUGAGUUGCUUGCACCAGUAAUUGGUAACUUGUCUAGCGUCGCUAGUAACGUUACACUGGAGUGGAGUGAUCUUGGACAAACUGCUAUUGAGGCCGGCGUAUUAGGACACCAUGGCUGGAAUGGAUUUAGUUUGAUUAUCAAUGAUAUUGAGUAUUACCGCGGCGCAGCUACAAGCUUUGAUUUGGCGCGUUGGAUCGCAGAGGUUGGUGCGCAGAGCGCAGCCCGCUUAUAUGUACGGCUAGCGUUUGCCAAUACGCUUCCAAACGUUGAUUUCACUGGAGAUUAUACCAAAGCUGCUGUGUUGGAUCUUGUGACAGGUUCAUGGACUCCACCAGCGCCGGGACCUGCUUAA